AUGGAUAGAUUUAUUACUCGGACCUCGAAAUUGAUUGAAAGCUCACCAUCAACUUCUGGAACGUCAAAACAGAGUAAAGACUCACCAUCAACUUCCGGGACUUUAAAAAUGAGUGGGAAUUCACCAUCAACUGCUCGGCCGUCAAAACAGAGUAAAGGUAAGUGUCGGUUAUACGAUGAAUCUUAUAUAUCCAUUGGUUUCACAUGGUGUGGUCCAGAAGAUGAACCUAUUCCCGAGUGUAUCAUAUGUGGAAAAACAUUUACCAACGAAUCGAUGGUGCCCAACAAAUUAAACAGACAUUUUAUUAAACAACAUUUUCACUUGAAGUGCAAAGAUAUUCACUAUUUCAAAAGACCUUUAAGUUGCCAAAAAAAAGAAGCAAUCAAGUUCACAAAAAAAGUUAAAAUUUCUGAGAGGGCUCUCGAAGCUAGUUUUGUUGUUUCCCAAAUGAUUGCUAACAACAUGAAAGCGCAUACUAUUGGAGAAAAUUUAAUCAAACCUGCGGGUAAGGAAAUGGUGCGAAUAAUGAUUGGAGAUGAAGCGGCUCUUGAAAUAGAUAAGAUACCGAUGUCUAAUGACACUAUUACUCGUCGCAUAAAUGAUAUGUCUGUAGAUAUAAAACAACACACCGUAGAAAAGAUGAAACUUUCUCGGUUCACACUUCAAGUUGACGAUUCAACUGUUAGUGACGGAAAAUGUUACAUGAUAGGAUUUGUUCGUUUUGUUGUUGGUUAUGAUAUUAUAAACCAGUUUUUGUGUUUGAAAGAAGAAGCGCUGAUGACAAAAACGUUGGGUAGUGAUCUCAAUUCUAUUUUGAUUAAUGCUGUUCGUAUUGUCAACUACAUUAAAAGAAAGCCCUUGAAAAGUAAGAUUUUUGCCGAAAUUUGUAAUUCAAUGGAUGCUGGUUUUACAAAUUUGUUGUACCAUACCGAAGUGAGGUGGUUAUCAAGAGGAAAGGUCUUAGCACGUCUCUAUGAACUUAAAGAGGAACUUUUACUGUUUUUCAUGGAAGAAGGCAAUGAAGAAUUUACAAUUAAUUCUAGUUUGCAAGGGCCAUUAGAAAAUGUUUCAACUUCCACCGACAAACUUUCAGCUUUUCAAGAAAAAAUCUCCAUUUGGUGUACAAACUUGGAUCAAGGAAAGACAGCUAUGUUUCCACUUUUUACAAGUCAAGAAAACUCUAAUCCUGAAGUUCUGGGAGCCAUAAGAAGUCACUUGCAGGCCUUGCAAAUGUCAUUGAAAUAUUAUUUUCCAGACUUGAAUGUGAAACAGUAUGACUGGGUUCGCAACCCAUUUACAUCCUUAGUGCAAACAGAUGACUGUGAAUUACAACAGGAAGCUGUGGAACUAAAAAACGACCGUACGCUGCAACUAAAAUUUAAAGAAAUGUCGCUCAACAGCUUUUGGGUGAGUCUCCACAGUGAAUACCCUCGACUAUCAACGAAAGUUAUUGAAGUGCUACUUCAAUUUUCGACGUCCUGGCUAUGCGAACAUGGAUUCAGUGCGCUCACAAAUAUUAAAACAAAAAAACGCCAAAGACUUACAAAAACAACACUAGAAGACGAUAUGAGACUCGCUCUAUCAACCAUCAACCCUUGA